UAUUUUGUGUUUGUUGUUACUUCAGGCUCAGAACAUGUGCGAUUGAUAAUCCGAGAGAGAGGAGGGUGGCAUUUUACAGAUCUCGGGACUGGACAUUUUUCAUUUUUAUCAAGAAUUAUUUCCUUGAUACAGUGUCACAAUUCAACGAAAUGAAUUUAGCAGACGAAGGGCAACAAAGAAAUUUGAAGGAUUUCUUGUUGUUGUACAACAAAUUAACAGAGCAGUGUUUUGAGAGAUGUGUGUACAACCUGAACAAUGUGGGCGUGUCCAAGGCAGAGAAUGACUGUGUUGGUGUGUGUACAGACCGUUACGUCACCUACAACCAGAAGCUCAUGAUGAAGUUCAUGGAGCACCAGAACUUGAGGCAGCAGGCAGCAGCACGGGAAGCUGAGGCAGCAGCUGCCCAGCAGGGGCGAGGUCGCUCCCAGCCCUGGGGUGACAAACACAACACCUAAACCAUGAUGGACUGAAAACAUAACCCUGUCAUCAUUUGCUGGAGUUAUGAUAAGGUGGAGAUAACAAGAUAUGGGACUUGUGGAGUGUAACAGGACAUGGUGUCAGUGGCUGUAGACACAACCUCAAAGGUGAUGUAACUGUUCAGCCCCCAGGGGAUGGUAGCAAGGCAAGCAGCAGUGGCCCACUGAUGAUGUCAUGCACAACUUAUCAAGCAUAAAGAAUGUUCAAACUGAAA